UGCCACACUGGUGUCUUCUCUACCCUAUAUAACUGGAGGGCUGCUUGGUCACAGCACAGGCAUUUGACAGAGAGAAGUUGAGCAUUUAUUGCAGGAAGAGUUGGGAGUGAAGAACCGGAUUUCCCAAAGGUGCACCAUCGGUGACUGGGGAAGGCCUGAUCCACCAGUUCAAGGCUUCCUGUGAGGUGGAAGAGCAGCCAUGUGGAAUGCUGACUACCUGGUGAGCCUGGGACCCCUUGGUGACACCUUGCAUAAGAUGGUGCCCGGAACCCAUCUUGAGAGAGUGUCUAUGGUCACAGUAGAUAACACAGGGGCAGUAGAUCUCUCCAAGGGAGUUUACUUAGUGCAUUGUGUCCUCUCUGUACUGGAACACUUGGAAGAGGAUGGCUUCUUUGUUCUCCUUGACAACAUACGUGCCAUUGAAAGGCUGCUGAAGAUCUUCUGGAAUCAGGCCUCCUACUGGAGGGAAGCCCAAGUUAUCGAUCGCGCCAGGGAAAUCCUGGCCCCGAUCCUUGGCAAGCUGUCUCGCCGUGCUCCAUCCAAGGUCCAUGAUAUCCUUGUGCCUCUCAAGAGCCUUCUAGAGAAGGCUCUCGAAAGUGAUCAGUAUGAGCAGGACUGUGUGUUGCUCUUGAGCAGAAUCCAGCAGGACUUUGAGGAGGUGCGGCCCAUGCACUUCCUGGACUAUCUUCUCGAGCUGGACCACAUGCUCACAGCCCAGCACCGGGAUCUUGCCUGGCUGGAAUCCCACCCGGUCCUCAGAAGAGAAGCAAAGCGCAGGCCGGACAAUGUCUUGACUCUUCUGAAGGUUUUCAGGAAGAACUUGGGGUAUGUGCUUCCUUCUGCUCACAAAUUCCUGAGAGAAAUGCGUUGUUUUCUAGUUUAUGCCAGUGAGAUACAAGCUGUUGUUGAGAAUGUGGGUGCCCUCGAGGCGUGAAAGCUGUUCGCCUACAUGGCCCCACAGCAGGCCAACUUGUGCUGCUUUGUGGACCUUGGGCAUGUUGCUGGGCUGUGUGCUUGGUCCUCAAGGGCAGGGUGAAUGGAUACUCCAGUGGCUCACUUGAAAUCCUCUUCCUCCAAGUGGUUUGUUAAUAAACAUAAUCUUUGCUA